AUCUUGCACAGAAUGGCAGACCUUCAGUGAGACAGACUUUAUAUAUGGCACCUACAUGCAUCGGUGAAAUAGAGCCCAAGUCUAACGCAACACCAUGCAGACAACCAAUGAAUUUUUUACACCUCAAUAUCUGAAUUUUUAAAGCACACUGCAUUUUUGAUGAUUAUUGCACAUUAAAGACUUUCACAGGAAAAAGGUGCGGUGCUUCACUUACAAAAGCAAUAGAAUUACAUUGCAAAUGUGACUUUUGAACAUCAGCCACAGUGCAAUGGCACUCACAGUUUGAACCUUUAUGUCAGUGUUUGGUUGUUGAUGUUGAUACGUUUGACCCAUGAACCCCUGGAACGGAUUCUCGGGAUAAGGGUUAGACUGGGACUGUAGGACGCAGUGUCUUGUUACACCUGCUAAUAUUAUACAACCUCGAGCCUGCGAUCCUUGACUUCGCCAUCAAUAUUUAAUGAGCUCUACUAGUCACUCUUUUUGGCCUGCUUUCAUAUAGGCAAGACCAAAAAGGGAGGGGUUGGAGAAGAGGCAGGUGUUCUGCUUCUUCUGUCACUGUCUGUGAGGGGAUCGAGGAGAACGCCGGAGUUUCCAUUAUUGAUGUAUGUCCGCAUAACUUUCGCAAUGCUGAUACACUGAACCGAAGACACCUGGAUUCGUCCCGUUUCUCUCCUUGUGCCUUGUUUCUGGAUGUUCUCUGGCCAAAUCGCAUCAAGGAUUGUACCCAGACCAUCAAAACCAAAGUCCCUCCUCUUCAUUCUCUCUGUGUCUCUCCUUGUCAUCCCUGGCUCAGCAUCUCUCUCCUCCCCUCCAGCACACCUAGACCAUCUCAGUCCAGUACAGGAGAGGAUGCACACCAGCGCCUAGUGGAUAUCCUGCUCUUUUUUUCUGCAAGAGCAGAAGAGUGAGAAGACAAGUGUUUGAGGGACAGAAGUGCAAGGGAAGGAGAGAUGCCACUGGGGGGGUUUGCAGGUCUAAAGGAGAAGCUCAAUCCGGGGAAGGAGGAGUUGAAGAACAAUGUGGGCGACUCUCUGGGGAACCUGCAGAAGAAGAUCGAUGGCACUAAUGUGGCUGAAGAGGACAACAUUGAGCUGACAGAAGAUGGCCGUCCAGUGGCAGCCCCUAAACACAGCCCACCCCUUUUGGAUUGUGGCUGCUUUGGCCUUCCCAAACGUUACAUCAUCGCCAUCCUCAGCGGACUUGGCUUUUGCAUUUCGUUUGGCAUCCGCUGCAACCUCGGUGUAGCCAUUGUAGAAAUGGUUAACAACAACACUGUCUACAUCAAUGGGACUGCCGUCAUGCAGCCAGCUCAGUUUAAUUGGGAUCCAGAGACAGUGGGAUUGAUACAUGGCUCUUUUUUCUGGGGCUACAUUGUCACUCAAAUCCCUGGAGGUUUCAUCUCCAAUAAGCUAGCAGCUAACAGGGUGUUUGGAGCAGCCAUUUUCUUGACGUCAGUGCUAAACAUGUUUAUUCCGUCAGCUGCCAGGGUUCACUAUGGCUGUGUCUUGUUUGUGCGAAUCUUACAAGGACUGGUGGAGGGCGUCACAUAUCCAGCCUGCCAUGGGAUGUGGAGCAAAUGGGCUCCUCCAUUGGAGAGAAGUCGUCUGGCUACUACCUCAUUCUGUGGAUCUUAUGCAGGAGCUGUGAUAGCCAUGCCACUGGCUGGAAUAUUAGUGCAGUAUGUGGGCUGGCCCUCUGUCUUCUAUAUAUAUGGUGUGUUUGGCAUUAUAUGGUAUAUUUUCUGGCUCCUGCUGGCUUAUGAUAGUCCAGCGAUACAUCCCACUAUCAGUGAAGAAGAAAGAACAUAUAUAGAGACCUCUAUUGGGGAAGGAGCCAAUUUAAUGAGUUCUACUGAGAAAUUUAAAACUCCUUGGCGUGAAUUCUUUACAUCUAUGCCUGUCUACGCCAUCAUUGUGGCAAACUUCUGCCGCAGCUGGACCUUUUACCUCCUGCUCAUUAGCCAGCCUGCGUACUUUGAAGAGGUCUUUGGGUUCCCCAUCAGCAAAGUGGGCAUUUUGUCAGCGGUGCCGCACAUGGUGAUGACGAUCAUUGUGCCCAUAGGAGGCCAGCUGGCUGACUUCCUGAGGAGUCGGAAAAUCCUGUCUACUACAACAGUGCGGAAAAUCAUGAACUGUGGAGGUUUUGGCAUGGAGGCCACGUUGCUGCUGGUGGUCGGGUUCUCACACACACGUGCCGUGGCCAUCUCAUUCCUCAUCCUGGCAGUGGGCUUCAGUGGAUUUGCAAUAUCAGGAUUCAAUGUAAACCAUCUGGACAUAGCUCCUCGCUAUGCCAGUAUUCUUAUGGGUAUCUCUAAUGGAGUUGGCACCCUGUCUGGCAUGGUUUGCCCCCUCAUCGUUGGAGCACUCACUAAACACAAGACUCGCCUGGAGUGGCAGCAUGUGUUUGUGAUCGCUUCCAUGGUGCAUUACACUGGCGUGAUCUUCUAUGCCAUCUUUGCCUCUGGUGAGAAGCAGGACUGGGCUGAUCCUGAGAGCACUAGUGAUGAAAAAUGCGGCAUCAUCGGGGAAGAUGAGCUGGCUGAUGAGACCGAACCCAAAAGCGACAGUGUCCUGGCGACUAAGCAGAAGACCUAUGGAACAACAGACAACUCUGCAGGCCGCAGGCAAGGCUGGAAGAAGAACAAAGGCGUGACCAUGCAAGCUGAUGAAGAUCACGGAUCAAAUCAUUAUGAAAAUGGGGAAUAUCAGAACCAGUAUCAAUGACAUUUUGGUUAUUAAACACCCAAGACUGAGUGGUGAGGUGUAGGAGUAUUUAUUCAAGUAACUGCAGAAAUAACCCCAACCAGGGACUACAACAUUCCACUUGACAUUCGACACAACAGUAUAUUUGAGUUAUGGCUUCCUUUAUGAUUUCACCCUGCUGUAGAGCCUGAAGGAACAGUCACGUGAGAAUGAUCUGUGAGUAGUUCAUUUGACGUGAUGGAGAUUUGUAGCUGAAAAGAAAGUUUCAACUGGAGUCUACACUACCGUUCUAAAGUUGGUCAGUAAUAUUUUUUGAAAGAAAUUAAUAUUUAUAGAGCAUUAAAUUGAUCAAAAGAGACAGUAAAGGCAUUUAUAAUGUUAUAGAAGGUUUCAUGUAAAUGCUGCUCAUUUAAACUUUAUUUUCAUCAAAGAAUCCUAAAAAAAUUAUCUCAGUUUCCACAAGGAACAUGUUUUUAGAAUGAUUUCUGAAGGAUCAUGUGACACUGAAGACUGGAGUAAUGGCUGCUUUGCCAUAACAUAAAUAAAUUACAUUUUAAAAUAUAUUAAAAUAGAAAACGGUUAUUUUAAAUGGGGGUUAUGCGCAACUAAAUUUCACUGUAAAACAGUAGUGGUCCCAAAAGGUGGAUACUUAAUGUCUGAAUGUCAUUUCAUUAGAUACAGUAAUACAUAUCAAAACAUGUGGCAUCUGCUAUCAAAUAAUUCCAGACUUUUCUCAAAACUAAUUUCACUGUUCUGUACUGCAGAUAGUCCUAAUUAUAUUACUUUUUGUGAAUCGUUUGUUUAAAAAGUGUGCUUGUGCUAUAUUUCUAAACAUUUCUAAAAUAAUAAGUGCCACUGGAUUUGAUAUUUUUUGUACCUAUGCAAUGACAUUCAUUCAUUAAAUUUUUGAGGACACUGUAAUUCAGUCUAGCAACUGAACAUAAAUGAACAAUGCAUUGAAAAGCUUUACAGUAAAAUAGACCAUGCCAGAAUAAAUUAAACUCAAUUUUAAAUCAUAAUGUUGACCCAAAGUCUUUUUUAUAUCUACUGUACUAUAAGGCUGACAGCAAAAAAAAUGCAUCAGUUCUUUUUUAUUUGAUUAUUUUAUGUUUUCAUUGUUGUCAGCUAUGCAAAGAAAGCAGACGUAUAGUGCAUAAGCAGGAUUUCCAUGGCUUUUCUUGCAUGCAGUUGUGCAGCCUCCACAAACCUUUUUGCUGACUUUGAUUAACAUCUCAGAAAAUAUAGUUUCUUGUAUUAUCAUGAAAGUUAAUAAUGUUCUGAAAAGGGAUGUGUAUUUAGUGGAAUGCCUUUGAAAAAUGCAGUAUGACCAUUAAUAUCUCAUAGUUCAGUUUAUCGUUUACAUAUGCUUAUAGGUGGAAGAGCUUGGAUGGAGUUUAUGUUUGAUUGAAUAUAUAGAAAUUAACCAUUUUAUUACUGAAGAACGUAUUAAAUUGAAUAUGGAUUUCAUAAAAAAAAAAUAACAUUCCACAAUGUGCCUGAUUUUUUUUUCCUUUUUUUGCACAAUACCUGUGAUGAAAAGACAUUUCAUUGCUUACAUGGAUGUCAAGAUGAUUGUUUGAAAUGUGCACUUUACC